AUGAUCACAAUCGUGAUUGCUGCUAGAACAGUUCAGGGUCCAUUAGUUAUGGGAAAAGCUGGUCAGUUCGGUCGUGCGAGGUCCGGGCCAGCUGACCAGCUAUCUUGUGUGUUGAUCUCGACCGAUCGACUGGAUCGCAUUACGGUUAUCGUCAUUACCGUCACCAUCCUCAUCCUUCUAUUUGAUCGCAACGGCCAGGAACACUUCUCGAUUCGUCCGCUGCGUAACUCUACGAUCCGACGUUGGAGUCCAACAAAAACUUUGCCUGACGUAGCACACGACUCGUUUGGUCGCAAGACGCACCGACCCCCAGCAACCAUGGCUUCUCGCAAGAAAGUGCUCCUCAAAGUCAUCAUCCUCGGAGACUCAGGUGUCGGCAAGACAUCGUUGAUGAACCAAUAUGUCAACAAGCGCUUCUCAUCCGCGUACAAAGCCACCAUCGGUGCCGACUUCCUCACACGCGAAGUCAUGGUAGACGAUCGUCUCGUCACCAUGCAGCUGUGGGAUACCGCUGGUCAGGAACGAUUCCAAUCGCUCGGUGUUGCCUUCUACCGCGGUGCUGACUGCUGCUGUCUCUGCUACGACGUCAACAACGCAAAGUCGUUCGAAACCCUCGAUUCGUGGCGUGACGAGUUCCUCAUCCAAGCUGCACCACACGAUCCCGAAAACUUCCCCUUCGUCGUGCUCGGAAACAAGAUCGACGUCGAGGAGAGCAAACGCAUGGUCUCGCAGAAACGCGCCAUGACCUGGUGCCAGAGCAAGGGCAACAUUCCUUACUUUGAGACUAGUGCGAAGGAGGCCAUCAACGUAGAGCAGGCUUUCCAGACCAUUGCGCGCGCUGCGCUGCAGCAGGAGGCAGAGGCUGAGUUGUACGCUGAUUAUCCCGAUCCGAUCAGAAUCGAUCAGGAUAACCAGCAGAGCGGUUGCAACUGCUGA